UAGUGUAGUGUAAUGUAUGAGAGUGUAGUGUAUGUAUGUGGUGUAUUGAGUGAGUGAGUGGGAGAAACCAGAAGUCAAACAAUCAAAGAGAAAGAAUACGACUUAAUUAGAAAUGUGGCGACGAGUAGGACGACGACGCCCGAGGAUCGAAUCGGUGAUGCUUCAUCGUCAGCCCCCGAGCCGCCGGUCCAGAACCUCUGCGGCCUUGGCGAUUGUCGCCUUCUUCUUCCGACUCUUUUGUCAUCGCCAUCCACUCUCCACCGUAAAACAACUAUCCACUGCAGCCCUUCAUAUUAUUGUACAAAUGAUAGGUUACUUCGAGUCCCCCCGACAUCGCUCUUCUCAGAAUGCCAAUCCCCCGUUUCGUAUGUACAGCCAUCCCUCCCAAAAACAUCACAACAAACACCUGCACACGUAUGACAGAAACAGAAAACAAGAAAAGAGACUGCCGCUUUACUUCGGGAUAUCAGAGACAAAGAACCAUGACAACUACCUCAUAAAAUAAACAAAAGCAACCCCGCCGUCAAGCCUACGAGGUAUGGAAAGGGUUAUCCGGCGGAGUUCAUACCAUUGUCCCAGGGCCUGCGAAAGUCUAACGGUGACGGAGGGGGGGAUAAUAAUAGCAAUCAUACCCCGGAUGAGGCAAUGGAGGAGAAGUGGUUUUUCCGUUGGCCAGG